UUGGUAUCCGUUGGAAUGUGUCUACAAGGAUUAAUUUUGUAUUUUUUCCUCUUCUCUAGUAAAAUAAAGCAGGGUCUGUUACCUAGCUUGGAAGAUUUGCUGUUUUAUACAAUUGCAGAAGGACAAGAAAAAAUACCUGUUCAUAAAUUUAUUACAGCACUCAAAUCUACAGGAUUGCGAACGUCUGACCCCAGGUUGAAAGAGUGUAUGGAUAUGUUAAAAUUAACUCUUCAGACAACGUCAGAUGGUGUCAUGCUAGACAAAGAUCUUUUUAAAAAAUGUGUUCAAAGCAACAUCGUUUUGCUGACACAGGCCUUCAGAAGAAAGUUUGUUAUUCCUGACUUUAUGUCCUUCACCUCCCACAUCGAUGAACUGUACGAAAGUGCUAAAAAGCAGUCUGGAGGAAAGGUUGCAGAUUAUAUCCCUCAACUGGCCAAGUUCAGUCCUGACUUAUGGGGUGUGUCUGUCUGUACAGUAGAUGGACAAAGGCAUUCUAUUGGAGAUACCAAAGUUCCCUUUUGUCUUCAGUCCUGUGUAAAACCGUUGAAAUACGCAAUUGCUGUUAAUGAUCUUGGAACUGAAUAUGUGCAUCGCUAUGUUGGGAAGGAGCCAAGUGGAUUAAGAUUCAACAAACUGUUUUUAAAUGAAGAUGAUAAACCACACAACCCUAUGGUAAACGCUGGAGCCAUUGUUGUAACUUCAUUAAUAAAGCAAGGAGUAAACAAUGCUGAAAAAUUUGACUAUGUGAUGCAGUUUUUGAAUAAGAUGGCUGGUAAUGAGUAUGUUGGAUUCAGUAAUGCCACGUUUCAGUCUGAAAGAGAAAGUGGAGAUCGAAAUUUUGCAAUAGGAUACUACUUGAAAGAAAAGAAGUGUUUUCCGGAAGGCACAGACAUGGUGGGCAUCCUAGACUUCUAUUUCCAGCUCUGCUCCAUCGAAGUGACUUGCGAGUCAGCCAGUGUGAUGGCUGCGACGCUGGCCAACGGCGGCUUUUGCCCGAUCACCGGCGAGAGAGUCCUCAGUCCUGAAGCUGUUCGGAACACGCUGAGUUUGAUGCAUUCCUGUGGCAUGUAUGAUUUCUCGGGGCAGUUUGCUUUCCAUGUUGGUCUUCCUGCAAAAUCUGGAGUUGCUGGGGGCAUUCUUUUAGUUGUCCCCAAUGUCAUGGGCAUGAUGUGCUGGUCUCCUCCUCUGGACAAGAUGGGCAACAGUGUUAAGGGGAUUCACUUCUGUCAUGAUCUUGUUUCUUUGUGUAAUUUCCAUAACUAUGAUAAUUUGAGACACUUUGCAAAAAAACUUGAUCCUCGAAGAGAAGGUGGUGAUCAAAGGCAUUCCUUUGGACCAUUGGACUAUGAAAGUCUCCAACAAGAACUUGCUUUAAAAGAUACAGUGUGGAAAAAAGUGUCACCUGAGUCAAAUGAGGACAUCUCUACAACUGUAGUGUAUAGAAUGGAGAGUCUGGGAGAGAAAAGCUAAAGGAAUGGGUCCUAGUUUCAGACGUUCUUCAUUUAACCUUCCAACAGACAUCUUGAGCUUUUUUGAAGUAUUUAUUUGAUUUUGUGUGUGUGUGUGUGUGUGUGUGUGUGUGUGUGUGUGUGUUCUCAACCGGGGAUGCUGGAACCACAAAGAUUUUUUUCCUCUGUAAUCUUUGUAUGACGAUAAUAGAUUAAAAAUGGAUUUGUUGGUAUUUUAAGAGAGUAUUUACAGGUUAUGAAGCAGGUUUGCAUUAUUUUUUUAAAAUGCUAUAAGGAAAAUUUUAAAAAGUUUCUUUAUAUAAUUUCGAGUAUGUAGUCAGAUAACCCCAUUGUCAUAACUUUUAAACUCACAAAUUGAAUUCAUAAGUUUUGUUGCAACUUUUUUCUAUUUUUUAAAACCAACAUGAUGUUGAUAGUAACCUUAGAAAGUGCUUAUAUACUAAAUACAGAACUAAUAGGCAAAAUACAGUGGUGCCUGGUAUGGGAAAGCCUUUGCUUGCAGGCUGGUUCUCUGCUGUCUGGCAGAGCUGUGCUUCUUGUUCUGAACUCGGCAUGAAGGACAGACACAACCGAGACCAUCUCGCCCACGCAAACAGUAGUGCAAAUGUGGCCAUUUGCUCCAAAAUCACAGAGUGGAUAAGUUCCUGAACCGAGGCUCCACUGUAGUGAGUCCCAAAUUAUUUUUAUUUAAAAUAGCUGAUUACAAAAUUAGCUUAAGUGUACAUGUAUGUUAUUUUUAGUGAUAGAAUAGCCUUACAUUUAAACAUAUUAUUUAAAAUUUUAUCAAGCUGUUAAAUCUUCUUGCUUCUUCAUGUUGCAACUCCAGUGUUCUGUCAGAAUCCCCACACGCAGAAAGUCGUGAGGCAGCGCAAGUGUCCGGCCACAGACUUGCGCUGUGAGCCGGCGUGUCUCGUUGUUGCAAAGCCGCGCUGGCCGGUUGGUCAGUGGGUAGGAGAGCCAGGGAGUGUCCUACGUGUGGAUUCUAUUUUCCUAUCACCCACCUAGUUUUUCUGUUAUAUUUACAUAUGAAUGGGAAAAUUGGAUUUUUUUUAGCUUUUAAUCAUUUUAUUACCCUAAUAAUUUCAUAGCUGCUAAUGAGUAUUUCUUUUGUGAUAAAUUAUAACAAAGUUUGUUUUAAAUAGUUCUUUAAUAAAUUCUUAUUAGUGAAUUUAGGAAAUGAGUUUAGUAAGUAUGCAGCCUAAAAUAUCUAUUAAAUCUGAAUCUUUUUGCUCAGUUACAAAAAUGCAAUAUUGAGAAUCAAAACUUGUUUUUAAAAGGAGAACCAUAGGUUCUAGAUAACCUGAUUUCAAAUAAUUAUGCACAGUAUUUUGAAAACCUGUCUUGGCAAAGUGCUUGUGAGGUUCCGCAGGACCUAUUCACAUUUCUUCCUCCAUGUGCACCCUCUGGUUUCCCCUAGAACGAUGGCAUGGGUGUGAUAGGGCAGAGGCUGUCAGAGUAAGAGCCGGGUAGCAGAGCAGACUUGCAUGAGUGUGUUCUGUGCCAGUCAGAAGUACACAAGGAAGUCUUAAGUAAUGUCUUGAAGUUGGUGACUGUAUUAGAAAAGAAGUUCCUGCCCCUAGGUGCUAGUUAAAAGCCUUUUGGGCUAACUUACAUAUAAUUUAAAUACUUAAACCAUCAACUUUUAGAAGAUUUUACCAAGAAUUCUAUUCCCUGUCAGCACAUUUCUGAGGGUCAGAUGCGAGGCUUCCUUGGGUGGUCUCAGGGGUCCCACUUCUGCAUCUCUGUGAGUGGUGGUACCUCUCCGGUGGGCUCCUCCAGGGCUGUUCGUGAUUCAUGCCCUUGAAUGCCUUAAUUGAAAUGUAAGGUCUUUUUUCCCCACACUGUGCUCACAGUUAUAUUUUGCUAUGUCACCAGAGAUUGGUCUUAUAAAAUAUUGUUUUCACCCUAUGUGCAUAUUUGUACAUUUGUCAGAAUGAGGUUAAUUUAUAGCACUUCCUAUAACAUUGCUAAAGGUGUCGUGCACACUUAGGAAGUAUGGCUGUCCAAGCCGCUGUGUUAAAGAACGUUGGUAAGAACAAGCGUCUGUAGAGACUUAUAGGAAGGUAUAAAUGGGAGAAGAGGUAAGAUACUGUGAAUAGGUCCACAGCAAAAAAGAAAAGCUUUGCCAGUUUUAAGGACAUAUUUUGAUUCUUUCAGUAUUCCUAGUAUCUUUUCAAAUAAAAUUAUUGAAAAGUACCUAGUUGGGUUUGAUGUUGUGUGCCAUUGUUGAUUCUUGAUAUUCAAGCAUUUGCAAGACAGCGUAUUUGUUUUUCUUUUUUUCCUUUUUUUCAUCAUUAACAUUUCAUUUGAAAUGCAUAUUCUUCCAAAAAUACUUUGUUUUUAGCAUAAAUGUUGUGCAUUUUAUCUUAGUGUUUGGUUUGAAACAUUUGUGUUGUUCAGCCUUCUUUCAUUUGCUUUGUAUAUUUAAUAAUGUACUUUAUUUUCCAGUUUGCCUACUUUUUGUAUUGUACAAUAAAUUUAUUUUAAGCUGA